GGUGCGCUUCAGAGCUGCUGGUGCGACCCCACAGACGCACUGGUUUGCUGCUGGUGGUGGUGCUGGUGUUCUCCGUUACAUGGAGGAGAUGACAGCCUUCAUAAUGGCAUGCUGGGAAUGGAAUGAGGGCCGCUUUGUUGCGAGACUGGUCAGUUCCCUCCUCAGACUCCUUUAAUAGCUCUGUUCUUCUAAAGAGUCAAAUAAUUGAUGAGAAUUUCACACCUUAAAGACUUUGAAUCUGAUUGGAUCUUAGUGAAGGGGUUCUUGACCCCUGCGCCCUAAGGGGCUCUCUGGCGCACCUGACUUAAUAUAGAUUAAGGGGGGGGGAAACCAAAACAUUUUUGCGUGGAAAAGUUCUUGAUCUGCGCGGCUGAAGAAGUGGGAACCACAAGAGCCCUGUCAUUGCUCUCCGGUGACAAGUGGGCCUGUUUUUACACCUUCUUUCUAAAUAAGGAAGCGGCCCCUCGGACAUAUGACCGCCCGACCCAAUUUGGGAGCAGCCCCAUCACGUCCCAGGCCGCUGAUCCUCACCAAUAGGCUUCAUCUGCUCCUGUCCAACAGGCUGCCCAACACUGACUCGGUGCUUUUCGUUAUCAGCCGAGUGAAGUCACCAUGAUGUCAUCCAGGGAUGCGAUCUGCUGGCCGCGGUAGAAGCAGGCUGAUCGGUGACUGACAGCCCGGAGGAUUGGUGGACUCUCACCGAGGCGCAGACCGAGAGAGAGAGAGGGGGAAAAAAGAGGGAGAGAGGGGCGCAGAGGAGCUGCGAAACAUGGUAAUCACCACCACCAACAUCUCCAUCACCUCCAGCUCCACCGCGCACUCUCCCGUCUCCUCUCCUCCUCCUCACCGGGGCUUGCGUUUCAUGCCCAGAGCCCUGAUCCGCUCACCAAAAAUAACCCUCAGCCAGCAUGCCGAAGGAAGCAAAACAAGAAGAGCGGUAUUUUUAGGGUCAUUAAUUUCGACCACGUGGCCCGAAGGUAAACCGGAUGGCCGCUGCGCAAAGGCACCUCGUCAGUAUGUCCUGCGAGGCCGGCACGCCGCACUGGACGCUGACCGCGGCGCUUCUCCUGGCCUUUCUGCUGGGGGUCGUGUCAGCGUACCCUUUACCGAGCGGCAGGACGAACGCAACUUUGCUGGAGAAGCGAUGGGAGACCCUGUUCUCCCGCUCCGUGUUGGGGAUCUCCGGGGAGAAACCGGAGCAGAACUGGGAGACUGACUACCUGCUGGGCAUCAAAAGAGUGCGGAGGCUCUACUGCAACGUGGGCAUCGGGUUUCACCUUCAGGUCCUCCCCGACGGCAGGAUAAACGGUGUACAUAAUGAGAACCAGUACAGUCUGAUAGAGAUCUCCACGGUGGAGAGGGGAGUGGUGAGCCUCUAUGGAGUGAAGAGUGAGUUUUUUGUCGCAAUGAACAGCCGUGGGAGGUUAUACGGAACGACAGUCUUCCAUGAUGAGUGUAAAUUCAAGGAGAGUUUGCUCCCCAACAACUACAAUGCCUACGAGUCUCUGGUGUACAGAGGAUUCUACAUAGCCCUGAGCAAGCAUGGCCGCGUGAAGAGGGGCAACAAGGCCACUACUGCCAUGACUGUGACGCACUUCUUACCCCGAAUAUGAUCAGAAGAGAAAAAAAAAAAACUGGCAAUAACAAACUUAUUUGCACAUGUGGAGUUAUUUUUAUCCCAGGUAACACAAAAACCACAUAAGUACGUACAAACACGAAACCACAACAUGGACUUCAAAAGAAAGAAACGCGGAUAUAUCUGAUAUUUAUUCAACUUUUUAUGUAUAUUUGGGAAGCUGACUUUGUUUUAGAAAUUACUGAAAUGCAUUCUGAGCUGCUUACAUAAGUUUCGUCGUCUGGUGAUGGGAAGGGAAGAGGGAGCGGUGAUUUGGCCCUCUGGUUUUCCCUGGUGCUCGCUGGAACGGUCCAGGCUGCGCCCUACCAGUGGACAACGGUUUGCAAAGUGGGAUGGAUUACCUCAAGGAACCGUAAUGAGAGGAAAAAGUAGAAAUGCACAUGAAGUUUCCAUAAAGCCUGUUUACUUUAACAUAUUUAGCUGUGAUCCCUAAAAAAAGACUUGAGGGGGGAUUGUUCUGUUACUGUCGGGGCAACUGGAGCUCCUGCAAAUUUGUUGGUGGUUUUUCCUGCUGCGUCAUGAGGUGGCUGUGCCUUGAAUUCCUUCUUACGGCCCCCUCACCAUUGCAUGUGAGAAAUGUGGUGCUCAAGUCAAAAAUAGGAAUGAUACGCAAGUCAUGGCUGCCCAAGACACCACCGGGGGCUUUAGCCCAAUUCCUCGAGGGUCUGAAGUUUCUCCACUUUUAUUCUCCUUCUAUAGUUAGAUUGAUUGAGUAACUGAGACUCUAUGCUGCACAGGAUCCAAUGGAGCCUCUUGGAAAGUUAGAUUUACCCUUCCUUACAUUAUGUCCAAGAGAGCUUUGACAAUCCAAGGUUAUAUUUUCAGAGCUACCGAGGCCAGCCUCAGAGUGACUGCGUACUGUAUGUAUGGGUGCUUUUAUUUGAAGUAUGCAUAUAGAAUAGUUUCAGGUCAUUUGCUCUGAAUUGAGAGCAAGUCAUCGUAGCACAAUAAUACAGAUGUUAGAAUAGCCAUUUUUAAAAUACUUUAUAGACUCAUAACUUAUCCUUAUUUAUUUAUUUAUGUUUAUUAUUUAAGAGUCAAAGGAAGCUAUCUGACAGGUUUGAUGCCACUAAAAGUAGAGACUGGUUAUUCAAAUGAGUGGAACUAAAGACACACCUUUGUCUGG